AUGCAUCCUUUCAUAUCGUUGGUACUGGUUGGAUUAUCUUCUACCCAACUAGUCUGGGCAUCAUUCAACGACAGGGCCACAUCUGAUGUCCUACCAUAUGCCUUGGAAUACGCACCCUUGGUCUGGCUUCAUAGCCAGGAAAUCUACCUGCCGAGCGACAACCAGCAGCAGCUCGAUCAUACCAGACCCAACGUAAACUGGACAACCGUUGAGGGAGUGGAGUCGCCCCUGACACUCAACAACCUUGACACGCUCAACUAUAUGGGAAAUUCAAGCGUCUAUCUAACCUCUCUAGGGGGCAUCGAAGCCAAUCCAGAGCCAUCCUGGUUCCGAGAUAUUAGACCGGACUCACAGUGGCGAACAGGCAAUGGUACAGGGAGUGUCAUGAUUAUCGCAGAUCGCGGUAAUGAAACCGUUGAUGCGUUCUACUUUUACUUCUAUGCGUGA